AUAGUGUUUUUAAUGCCAUUGUUUUCCCUCCAAAAGUAUUAACAUUGCAAACAUUAUUUAUACAUUAACUGUAUUUAUUACCUAUAAUUGUGCAAUUAUUAUUCAGAAUUUCAGCUCAAAAAGGUGUCAACAAAUAAAUUGCUGUGCAAGGUGCAAUUUCUUAAAUCGUGUUAAUCAAAAGACCCUAUUUUAACCGUUCCUCAAUUUCUAAGAAAUGAUUGUAAAACGUGGUGCUCUUAUUGUAAUUGAGGGGGUGGACAGGACAGGCAAAACUACACAAGCAAAAUUGUUAGUGGAAAGUUUAAAGAAGAGACAAAUACAAGCUGAAUAUAGGAAUUUUCCCAAUAGAAAUACAGAGAUAGGCAAAGUAAUUAACAGUUAUUUAACAUCACAGAAAGAUCUUCCCGAUGAAGCAAUUCAUCUGCUGUUUUCAGCUAAUCGUUGGGAGAAAUCACGUGAUAUCCUCGACUUGCUUGAGAAAGGCACAACAGUUAUUGUGGACAGAUAUUGCUAUUCAGGAGUGGCGUUUUCUGCUGCCAAAGGCCUUGACUUGAAUUGGUGCAAGUUUCCUGACAUUGGUUUACCAAAACCUGACAAGGUGUUCUUCCUCACAUUACCUUUGGAAGUGAUGCAGCAAAGAAAUGGAUUUGGCAAUGAAAGAUAUGAAGUUCCUGAAUUCCAAAAGAAAGUUAUAGAAAUGUAUGGACAAUUAAAAGAUAAUUAUUGGGACAUAUUGAAUGCAAACAGAACACUAGAAGUUAUUCAAGAGGAGCUCUUGCAAAGUACUCUCAAUGUGAUGAACACAGUUGAGCAUACAUCUAUUGGAAAACUAUGGGUAAAGAAGUAAACUAUGAGAAGAUAUUGACUUAUACAGAUAUCCAAAAUGGAGUGGAAAAUUGGUUUAUCUUAUCCAUUUGAAUUGAAUGACUACCAAACAUCACAUUUAGACUAAGCCCAGUGAUUUAGUAUUAUUGUAGGAUAAGUUUGCCUUUUAGAAUAAGAUGAAAAUUUUUAUUUGCAUGGAUAAUGUUAUUUUGGGCCUAUAAUUUUAAUUAGUAUAUAUUGACGUCAUAAAACAAAGCUUUUGGGAACAAAAAAUGUGGAAAAGAGAGGAGUAGCAACACUCUAACCAUAACUACUACCUAUACUAUGCCAGAAACCCAUUGAGUAAUAUUCUAUAACAUGGCUGAUUCAAAAAUAAUUUUACGACCUAACGACAAAUACUUUAAAAAGGUGUACCUAUUUUUGGUUGUUAUCUUGCUUAUGGACGUAAAUGAGUUUAAAACCUCGUGAUGAAGAUUCGUGGAGAAUAAUAUCUCUAUAUUUUUAGAUAAAUGUUGUUUUGUGUAUGCACAAAUGAUUCAAUACUUACAAUUUUUAAUAUUAUGUGUAAACAAUGAAUAAAACGAAUAAUAUUA